AUGACAGACCAAGGCCUCAACGAUAAGCUCGACCGGCUCCUAGUACUAUUGGAAGCCCAACUCGAGCUCACCAGGCAAGGCCAACGAGAAGAGCGUCUUCGUCGCGCUCAUCUAGGCGGAGAAGAGACGAUUGAGUUCUCACCAUCGGGAGAGCAGGUAGGAGGUGACGAAUCCAUGAUAGGAGAUCCCCAAACUCCUACACCGACUCCACGACCAGGACGAUCGGUCUCGUUCGCUGGGGCAGAAGGGCAGGACGACAUCAAUUAUGAAAAGUAUGCCUCACCCACCGGGCCAAAGUAUCUCAAACCCAGGGUAGAUCCGUAUAGCAGGACUGGGACGGAACCUUAUGUCCCAGGCUCGGAGGAGGACCCUAGCGUAUUGGCGGACCUCUGUCGAUCAAAGCCAAUCGCCACACCCUUCCCGAAGUUCAACCCACGAGACGUGGAGAUAUUCAUUCUCGAAGCCGAAGCCUGGUUUAAGUUUAACCAGGUGUAUGAGCAAACAAGAAUGAUCAACCACAUGGGCUCUCAGUUGGAAGGGAAUGCACGGGAGUGGUGGACCUCCAAGCUCCGAAUUGACAGGGCACGGGAAGGAAGGUUAUUCAAUGACUGGCACUACUUUACAGAGCGGCUGUCAGAGCAAUUCAAUCCCCGGAACGCUAGGAUGGAAGCCUACAACAAGCUGUUGGCCCUCAAACUCACUAGCGAUGCACCCGGUGCCGCCACCCGCCAUGUGGAAUGUUUCAGAGACCUGGAGGGACAAGUCAACCUGGAUGAUAACGAACUCAUCAUCGACUUGUUCAGAGGCAGUCUCACACGUAGUCUGCAAGAAAAGUUUGAGCGUAACCCACCUGUAAAGAGGUGGGGAUGGUACCGAGAGGUCGAAGAUAUCGACCGACAGAGAAUGCUGCUACAGCAGUCCUCUACUAGGCACCCAAGCGUUGCGCCUCCACGACUGAGCCCAGGAAUCCGACCAACACCAAACGCUCAGAGUUCAUUCCCCGUUCGGCAACCGGCGCAAAGAAACUCCGCUCAUACGCCGGCACUAAUAACGGCAGGAAACCCGAGCAGACCAACCAAUCGGCUGCUACCCCAGCAGUAUGUACCGGGCCAGAGACAAGGAGGCCCCACCAUACCAGGCAAUAGCACUUGCCAUAUCUGCAAAGGCGUCGGACAUUGGGCCAGAGACUGUCCAAGCAAGAAAGCGGACCCUCUGGGGCCACGACCUUCGGGUCCAAGAGUCAUGGUAACCACGGAGGAUCCCUUUGAAGAAGGGGCCACCGACUCAGGGGAUGGGCAUACAGGCAGCGCCGAAACGAGCGACCCCGAUGACCUAGACUUCAGUCAUUACCAAGUACCCAUUGAUGUUAGUCAUGAGGAGCCCCAAGAUGACGAUGACGAGGGAAACGACAGAAAAGCAGUAUUAGAGCUCACAGGAACGGUCCAAGACCAUCCUGCUCGUAUACUCGCCGACACCGGCGCUGGCUUGUCCAUAGUUUCGGAUUCCUUUAUCAGUAAGUACCUAAUACCCACAAAACCCUCAAAAACAAAAUCGAUUCAUGGUGUCACUGGACACCAGCUCGUUAUCAAUAGCGCCGCAACCGUACAGGUGGUUAUUGGCGAGCACAGCCUAGGUGUAGUAGAAGUAUCGGUAGCCGAUACCGCCGACUACGACCUUAUAUUGGGAUUCACCGAGCUCAGAAGGCUCAAGCCCACCAUACGAUGGGACACAGGCCAGCUAGAGUUCAAGUCCCAGGACCGAACACAACCCCCUGAAGCCGCCGCAACUAGGGGUUUACAAUCAAAACCGUCGAAAUCGGUCAUAGUAGCGGAACUGUCGCGGAAUUCGACGAAAGCCGCCGCAACAGGCGAGCAAAAACAGGAGCUCGCCAUAAGAGAUAGCUUAUCACCGAUUUCAACGAGGUCUGUGGAAACAGGCUCCUACGAGGAAAAAAUGGCACGGCCAACCCUGCAUGGAAACGAGUUCGUCUCAGCGAAGCGCUUACUUCAGGCAGCUUUAGAGGACGGACCCAUAGGGUUCAUGCUAUUGGAAGUACCGCCCCCAUCACUCCCGGCCUUCGGUUUCGUUCCUACCGGCGCCGAUAAAGGAGUAGAGAUGGAGGUUGAGAUCGAGAAGAAGGUGACGGCAGCGGAUAUACCAAAGCCGUACCAACACUUUCGCGAUGUGUUCGACGAGGUGGAAGCGGACAGACUUCCCCAGCACACCGAACAUGAUCUUCACCUUGAACUAAUGGAAGGAAGUCGACCGCCGCAAGGCCCGUUGUAUCUCAAAGGGCCUAAAGAAAUGUCUGAAUUGAGGAAGUAUCUGGAUGAGAACCUCAUGAAGGGGUUCAUACGACCGUCGAAGAGCCCAGCCAGGUCACCUGUGCUCUUCGUACCUAAGAAGGACGGAGGUCUCAGGCUUUGUGUGGACUAUCGGGGUCUCAAUGAGAUUACGGUCAAGAACAGGGCCCCGUUGCCUCUCAUCGAGGAACAACUGUUCCUGCUCCGAAAGGCGAAGAUCUAUUCCAAGCUAGAUCUCCGGGCGGCCUACAACCUCAUUCGCAUUGCGAAAGGAGAUGAAUGGAAAACCGCGUUUGGUACACAACUGGGACUAUACGAGUACCUAGUGAUGCCAUUCGGGCUAGCAAACGCACCAGCCCAUUUCCAAUCGUUCAUCAAUGUCAUCUUCCGAGACAUCAUCGGAGUAUACGUUGUUGUAUACCUGGAUGACUUCCUCAUCUUCAGUGACACGGAAGAAGCACACGUACGACAUGUCACUGAAGUUCUCACCCGUCUGAGAAACAAUAGGCUGUUUGCUAAACUGUCGAAGUGUGAGUUCCACACCACGACAGUAGAGUUUCUAGGGUACAUUAUCAAACCCACAGGGGUGGAGAUGGAUCCUGAGAAAGUACGGACAGUCAAGGAGUGGCCAAUGCCGGAAUCAAUCCAUGAUAUCCAAAGAUUCCUUGGCUUUGCCAACUUUUACAGGCGAUUCAUUGCUCACUUUGCUCGAAUCGCCAAGCCGCUAACAUCACUGGUGAAACCGACUGAACGCUUCAAGAAGUUUGAGUUGCCGGAAGAAGCUCGACAAGCUUUCCACAAACUCAUCCAAGCGUUCACGACGGCCGGAGUACUUCGUCACUUCAAUUACCACCUUCCUACAAGGCUGGAAACAGAUGCAAGUGACUUUGCCAUCGCUGGAGUGCUCAAACAGGAGCAUGAGGGACGUUGGCACCCGGUAGCGUUUUAUUCAAGGAAGAUGUCGUCGGCUGAGAAAAACUACGAGAUCCACGACAAGGAGCUCCUAGCAGUAGUCGCCUGCCUCACUCAGUGGCGACACAUGCUAGCAGGACUUCCAAGUCAGUUAGUCAUCCUCACGGAUCACGAAGCGCUCAAGUACUUUAAGUCGCAACGACGUAUCACUGGCCGACAAGCCAGAUGGGCGGUAUUGUUAGCCGAUUUCGACUUCGUGCUACAAUAUAGGCCAGGGGACAAGGGUGGCGAACCUGAUGCUCUCACCAGACGAGCUGAUAUGCAGCCGGUCGGCGAAGAGCGGGAGCACAACGUUCGGCAACUACUGCCCCCCCGAGUGUUUGAACAAGUCAAAAACGAAAUCGCGACAGGGAGCGAGUUACGGCAGAUUUCAGCCGAAAACGUAAUAGCAAGCAUGAUAUUGCCGAGUUCAGCAGAAUCGGUUCUAACUGCAUGCUCAGGCGACGAUUCCGUAUCAGUGGCCCCUGUCCUCACGAUGGAAUCUAUAGCCACGAAAGGAAUCAAAGAUCUGGCCAGAAUCUUCCAGCCUCUGGAUUCAGAGCUGCAGGAGAUUCAUCUAAGAAAGCCGUUCGAGAUCAGAGACGCCCUAUGGUAUAGUGGCGGGCGGUUGGUCAUCCCCAAGGUAACGAUGCCAGGGAGAACCAAUCACCGCCAGUCUCGAAGUGCCAAAGAAGUUGAUGGACAGUCGUUGUCGGUGGAACACUUGCGAUUCAUGGUCAUGUCUCAAUGUCACGAUGGCAUCACAGCUGGACAUGUGGGGCGGGAUGCCACCAUUAAGUCGGCCCAACGACACUAUUGGUGGCCAAACAUGUCAGCUUGGAUUGCUGAUUAUGUGGCAAGUUGCCAAGUGUGUGCCAGAUACAAGGCCCCUCGCCAUCGCCCAUAUGGCUUGCUGCAGCCACUUGCUACCCCGGACAGGCCAUGGGGCUCUAUAUCCUUGGACUUCAUUGAAGGAUUACCACCCUCAAAGGGAUACGAUUCAAUCCUGGUCAUUGUCGACAGAUUGACCAAGUUUGCUAUCCUGGCCCCUACAUACAAAACAGUCACAGCGAAACAGACUGCUGUGCUGCUAUGGGGAAAUCUGGUUAGACACUUUGGUUACCCAGAUCACAUGGUUUCGGACCGAGGCAGGCAGUUCAUCUCAGGAGCAUGGAAAGCAUUUGCCGAUCAAAUGGGCAUGAAACAUUCACUCAGCACUGCUUAUCACCCUCAAACGGAUGGACAAACGGAAAGGGUCAAUCAGGUAGUCGAGCAGUACCUUCGUAUGUACUGCAACUAUGAACAGAAUGACUGGGCCGGCUUGCUCAACACUGCAGCGUUUGUGUACAACAAUACCGUACACAAUAGCAUCGGUGUCUUGCCGUUCUUUGCAUGUUAUGGAUGGAACCCGAAAGCCCAUCCUGACAUCCCUCAACAUCUAGGAGUGAACAACCCCGAUCGUUCUGAGUACUUGCUAGAUGGUAAAGAGCGCUGCAAGUACCUUCAAGAACAGAUAAGGGAGGCACAGCGUCGUACGGUUGACCAUUAUAACCGGAGACACAAGGACAUAGAAUUCAAGGUUGGCGACAUGGUUUAUAUCAACCGCAAGAACUGGAAAACGAGAUGGCCCACACCAAAGCUGGACACCCGGUUCGCAGGACCUUAUCCAGUACAAGAACGGGUGGGCCGACGAGCCUAUAGAAUCACAUUGCCAGCAAACCUCAGAGUUCAUGAUGUGUUCCAUGUGUCCUUGCUCGAACCAGCAAGGAAUAGUUCCAUUCCUCAGCGAUCGACACAACCAAUCGUACCAUCACUACCAGACGAGGAUCUGGACUUCGAAGUUGAAGCCAUUGUCGGCAAGCGUUCACACAACGGGGCGACACAAUACAAGGUGCUUUGGAGGGGGUACCCAGAGGAGGCUGCCUCUUGGGAACCAUUGUUGCAUCUCAACUGCCCUGACCUCAUCCGGGAGUAUGAGGUUUCGGCGAGGGGACGAGACUAA